UGUUCUUUUGCGCAGAGCAAUUCUGAAAGAUUAAAAUAGACAGAAUGUUCAGACUUAUUCGACUAAAACAACCCACUUUAUUCUUGCAGCAGAAAAGUUGUACUGCCUCUGUUUUCAGCAGAUCGUUCACUCAGAGUACAAUAUGCCAGCGAACGCAGACACGAAACAGCCGAUCGAAAAGGAAUGUCAGUUUAGAUCGAGAUUGGCUUAAGCCGAUAAAGCCGAUGAGUAGAGAGAUACCACUGACGAAGAACACGUUGAGAGAGAAUCUGUCUUUGCAACUUGAAAAAUUCAAACGUAGUCAAAAAGUAAUAAGAAAAGCACGAGAAUUAGGUGUCCCAAGAGAUCUCUUCAAAGAGCUAAGCAAGCCGUUUGUAACAGCAGUUAUUUCAGGAAAGAUCCCCAGUCUUUCUCUGACUACUUUAUACUCGCAAAAAAACAAAGAUGAGUCAGCGUUUUUGGAUAAAGCUAUAUUAUCAGCAUUUUUAGAUUAUUGUGCACCACAUCUACCAGAGGAUCAACGGGAUAGAUAUGUUUCUGUGAGGAAAUUAAGUGAUUUACGAUACCCAAGCGAAUGGUUUCCAGAAGCAAGGCAAAUGCGGCGAAAAAUCAUUUUACAUGUAGGGCCAACCAAUAGUGGAAAGACUUAUCGAGCAUUGAAACGAUUAGAAAGUGCGGAAUCAGGCUUAUAUUGUGGACCUUUACGUUUACUCGCCCAUGAGAUUUAUGAAAAAAUGAACGAAAAAGGAAUCCCUUGUAAUUUAUUGACAGGAGAAGAAAGAAAGGAAGUGUCAGAAUACGCACCCUUGACGAGUUCUACAGUGGAAAUGGCAUCAUUAAAAAAGAGAAUGGAUGUAGCGGUUAUAGACGAAAUCCAACUCAUUGCAGAUCCACAACGGGGUUGGGCAUGGACACAAGCCUUACUAGGUUUGAAAGCCAAGGAAAUUCAUUUAUGCGGCGAACCGUCCGUGGUCCCUUUAAUCAAGAAAAUAUGCAAGAGUUUAGAAGAAGAAGUAGAAGUGAAUGAAUAUACGAGAUUGACACCUUAUGAAGUCUCAGAUAAAUCGUUAGGGAAUGAUUUAAGCAAAGUUCGCAAAGGCGAUUGUGUAGUGGCAUUUUCUCGCCAAGAUAUUUUCAAAUUGAAGGCAGAAAUAGAGGAACGAACAGGUCUAAAAUGUGCAGUUGCUUAUGGUGCCUUACCACCAGAAACAAGGGCAUUGCAGGCUAAAGCUUUCAAUGACCCUCAUAGUGGCUUCGAUGUGCUUGUUGCUUCAGAUGCAGUUGGCAUGGGCUUGAAUUUAAAUAUAAAGCGUAUCAUCUUUUCCACGGUUGAAAAGUUUGAUGGUAAGGUCAUGACAUUCUUGAGCACAGCACAAUUGAAGCAGAUUGCUGGUCGCGCUGGUAGAUUCGGAACAGCUUAUAGUCAGGGUGAAGUGACUACCCUUAAUCCAAAUGAUCUAAGUUAUGUCAAAGCGUGCGUGGCAGAACCCCUUCCAUCAUAUGAGAUGGCAGGAUUACAACCUACACCAGAUAUUUUGGAACUUUUUGCUCUACAAUGGCCGGAAGAAAAGUUUUCUGGCUUGCUGCAAAAGUUCGAAGACUUGGCAUCAUUAAAUGGUGAUUACUUUUUGUGUAACUACGACGAUCAGAAAAAAGUCGCUGCAGCCAUCGAGAAUAUAGAUUUACCAAUUCGUGACCGAUACCAAUUCGUUACAGCACCUGUAAAUACUCGAGACGAAACCGCAUUGGAGUUGAUCAAUCUUUUUGCAAGAAAAUUCAGUCAACAUAAAGAUUGCUCGCUGACGGAAGUUGUACAGUUACCCGAAAAGACAGAAUCAGCAGAUUUAAAAGGAUCGGAAUUGUUAAAGAAUUUAGAAUUGUCACAUAAGAGCAUCAUGCUUUAUAUGUGGUUGAGUCUCCGCUAUCCUGACGUUUUCGUCACACCACAAGAAGAAGCUUCAAGUAUCAAAAGAAAAUGUGAAGUUAUGAUUGAUGAAAUUUUAAAGAAAAUGAAGACGAAGCUAGUAAAAAAGCACAAGAUGAGAAAAGCUGGAGGAAACAGACAGCGUGGCAUGCAAUCAUCCGUAUAAAGACUUAUUUAUGGAGCCUAUGCCCUGAUACCAUUUUACUUGCGUUUCUUAUUGUUAUUUUUAGAUUAACACUUCUGUACAUACUUUUUGUCCUAACUUAUCACUGCUAAAAGUAGUUUACAAUGAUAAACAUUGCACAUCAUAGAUGAUGAUACCUUUUUUUUUUUCUUUUUGGUACAUUUGGUUGAACCAUAAGCCUAUUAUGCUUUUUUUAUUGGAUGUUGCAUAUCACUGGAAAGCAAUGAUUUUACACAAAAAUAGAAACUGAACAGAAUCAUCCACUCCUUAGAAAUUGAAAAAUGUAACCAGUCAGGACUUUUCUGUAAAAUGUUGAUCUCACAGAAUUUUCCUAGGCUGAUUUCAUAACGUCAUUUAGCCUUUCUACGUCACAGUGAUGAAUGCCUCAAAAAUAAAAGGAAAAGAACUUUUUCUCUUUUUUCCCAGAUAACGAUGGCUAUAUAAAAAGAGGGAAGGGAGAACAAAAAAGACAAGCUUAUUUA